GUAUUAAUCAUGCAUGAGCAGCGUUCCACAUUUCUACAUCCACAUCACUACUGCUUUUAAGGAACUCUCAUUUUCAAUGAUGGCUCGCCAUCCUCAAGACGGAAGCCAUCGUAUUGUGAAGCUGCGUCCGGGUCUUAUGGCCCCUCUUUUUUUUCCCUCAGACACCACAGAGGGAAGCCUUGGCGAAUCCGUGACGAUCUCCAGACGCAAGAUGCUACUUGUGAGCAAAGUGGAAACAUCCAUAAUAUCUAUUGUAUUGACAUUUUUCUGUUUUUUUUGUAGUCGCAUUACAUUGCAGACAUAGCAAGUAUGAAUGUGAGUGUGAAUGGUUGUUUGUCUAUAUGUGCCCUGUGAUUGGCUGGCCACCAGUCCAGGGUGUACCCCGCCUCUGCCCGAAAACAGCUGGGAUAGGCUCCAUCAUACAUGUGACCUUAGUAAAGAUAAGCGACAUAGAAAAAAGAUGUAUGGACUCCAGUUUUGGAGGUCAGAGUUCAAAACCUGCAGGUGUGGCAUGGACAAUAAUCACUGAUGACUCGGCACCGGCUUGGUCCUUCUCCAGCAACCAUCCUGCCUGCUUGACUUUGACGUUUUCCUGUGAGUUCAGAUCAACAUUUGCCUAAAUACAAGCCCUAUAUAUGUGUCACACACUUACUGAAUGCUGAUGCUCAGAAAGUUAGCAUAAGCAACAAGUUCCUCAAAAUGAAUCGGGUACGUCAUUCACAGGAGUCACCUACAACAGAAACUUAACAAUAUUUAAUAUAUAUAACAACAAAUUUCCUCACUGAGGGACGAAUAAAGGCAUAUCUUAAUCUUAAUCUUAAUAGCACAAUUAAUUGCAUGUUAACUUGUUUUAUUUUUAAAUUUCGCUAUAGCCGGGGUACGUAAGUGAACGAGUUAACACAGAUUACCCGUGAGUCUCGAUUUUUUUUUUAAGUUUUGAACGGCUCGUUCAUGACUCGCACGUGUGUAGUGUCCUGUGUGCAGCCAGUGACGUCAUAGUAUGGUAAUUAUGUAACUAUAUCACAGCCCAUCUCUAGCUAUGUCAUAGUAACUACUUUUGAUUGACACCCUCCUCCCUCCCGGAGUUCCACUAUAAGAGACGGGAGGAGCGUCUGCGUCCUCCAGUCAGUGGAUGUCGUCUCCCGCAGUGGGAAUCUCCUGCUCCGGUACUGGAGGUGCCGUUUUAUCUCAUCUCCUUUUUUUGCCGGAUUAACAAAACAUUUAGGCGAUAUGAUACUUAGCUACCUGCUACCUUUAUCUUUACUCUUCCUCCACUCACUUGCUCAAGAUCAAGAUGGCGAGCAGGAGGACGAGACCUCCUUCGAUUUGUUCGAAAUAAGUCACAUCAGCCGCAGGACGCUGGGGGCCAAACAGUUCCGGGGCCAGAACUCUGACGCCCCCGCGUACCGCUUCAUCCGCUUCGACCACCUGCCCCCGGUGAGCGCCCCCAUCCUCCAGCAAAUAGUGCGCCAAAUCCAGAACAACGAGGGCUUCGUUUUCGUGGCCAGCAUCCGCCAGGACCGCAGCUCUCGGGGGACCCUCCUGGGCUUCGAGGGCUCCGACGGCCGGCGCCAGUUUGAGAUCGUGUCCAAUGGACGAGCCAACUCCCUGGACUUGGUCUACUGGCUGGAGGGAGCCCAGAACAUAGUGUCCUUCGAGGACGUGGACCUGUCCGAUUCCCAGUGGAAGAAUAUCACGCUGCAGGUCCACGCAGAGAAUGCCAACUUGUACGUGGGAUGCAACCUGGUGGACAGCGUCAUCCUGGACGAGCCUUUCUACGAGCACCUCCGGGCUGAGGGCAGCCGCAUGUAUGUCGCCAAGGGGGCCAUCCGGGAGAACCACUUUAGGGGUCUUCUGCAGAACGUGCGUUUCAUUUUUGAUACCACAAUCGACGACAUCCUCCUGAGUCGAGACUGUGAGGUUCCCAAGCAAGAUGAUGCCAAUAUUGUGAGCGAGAGCACCGAGAUCGUGGACGUGAGUCCUUCCAUCACAACCAACAUCAUAGGCCAGAAGAGAGACGACGCAGGCGCAGACAUGUGUGAACGCUCCUGUGAGGAGCUCAGCACCAUGUUCCAGGAGCUCAAAGGCCUCCGAGUCGUUGUCAGUAAUCUCAUUGACGGCUUGCAAAAAGUGACGGAGGAGAACACUGUGAUGAAGGAGGCCCUUGGAAAGAUGAAGAACUCCAAAGAGAAAAGCAUGUGCUGGCAGGAUGGCCGACUGUUCGAUGACAAGGAAGACUGGGUUGUGGACAGCUGCACCAAAUGUACCUGCCAGGAAUCCAAGGUUGUGUGCCACCAAAUUACCUGCCCUCCGGUGGCAUGUGCCAGCCCUACGUUCAUCGAUGGCGAGUGUUGUCCCGUUUGUCUACCAAAAGGAAGCGAGCAUGGCUGGUCACCGUGGUCUGAGUGGACAGAGUGCACAGUCACCUGCGGGACAGGAACUCAGCAGAGGGGAAGGUCAUGUGAUGCCACCAGCAACCCCUGCACAGGACCUUCAAUCCAAACGCGCAAGUGCAGCCCAGGCAAAUGUGACAGCCGUGUUCGCCAGGACGGAGGAUGGAGCCUGUGGUCACCGUGGUCAUCCUGCUCUGUGACAUGCGGAGACGGCCAGAUCACCAGGAUACGACAUUGCAACGCUCCUGUGCCGCAACUUGGAGGCAAAGACUGCGAAGGGAACGGGCGAGAGACUCAGCGCUGCACUGCGGAGCCUUGUCCGAUCGAUGGUGGUUGGGGACCUUGGUCUCCAUGGGCAACCUGCUCGGCGUCAUGUGGCGGCGGGAUCAAAAGUCGGACACGUGAAUGCAACAGCCCUCAUCCUCAGUAUGGCGGCAGGAAGUGCAUCGGCGAGGUCAACGACAGUGAUAGCUGUAACAAAAAAGACUGCCCUGUUGAUGGCUGUCUGUCUAACCCAUGUUUUGGGGGAGUGGAUUGCAACAGUGCUCCAGAUGGUUCUUGGGAGUGCGGGCCGUGUCCAGCUGGUUUCCGAGGAAACGGUACCCACUGUGAAGAUAUUAAUGAGUGUGACAUGGUAUCUGACGUGUGUUUCAACGUGGGCGGGGUGCAGCGCUGCGUCAACACAGAUCCAGGGUUCCACUGCCUGCCCUGCCCGAAACGCUACAAGGGUACCCAACCUUUCGGGAUGGGCGUGGAAGCUGCCAAGAAGAGCAAACAGGUGUGUGAGCCAGAGAAUCCCUGCAAGGACAAGACCCACAACUGUCACAGAUUUGCUGAAUGUAUCUACAUUAGCCACUUCAGCGACCCCAUGUACAAGUGUGAGUGUCGCACCGGUUACGCUGGUGAUGGCUACAUCUGCGGGGAAGACUCGGAUCUCGAUGGUUGGCCCAAUCACAACCUGGUGUGUGGAGCUAAUGCCACCUAUCAUUGCAAGAAGGACAACUGCCCCAGUCUGCCCAAUUCUGGACAAGAGGACUUUGACAAAGAUGGCCAAGGAGACGCAUGUGAUAAAGAUGAUGACAAUGAUGGAAUUCUUGAUGAGAGGGACAAUUGCGCCCUCCUUUACAACCCUCGGCAGUUUGACUUCGAUAAGGAUGAAGUCGGUGACCGCUGUGAUAACUGCCCUUAUGAACACAAUCCUGCCCAGAUUGACACGGACCACAAUGGUGAAGGGGACGCCUGUGCUGUAGACAUUGAUGGAGAUGAAAUACUGAAUGAGAAUGACAACUGCCCACUGGUGUACAACACCGACCAGAAGGAUACAGACAUGGAUGGAGUCGGCGACCAGUGCGACAACUGUCCACUAUUGCACAACCCUCUGCAGAUCGACUUGGACAAUGACCUGGUGGGAGAUCAAUGUGACAACAACCAGGACAUAGAUGAAGACGGACACCAGAACAACCUGGACAACUGCCCAUACGUGGCCAAUGCCAACCAGGCAGACCACGACAAGGACGGCAAAGGAGACGCUUGUGACUACGAUGACGAUAAUGACGGCAUACCCGAUGACAGAGACAACUGUAGGCUGACCCCCAAUGCAGACCAGCUUGACGUUGACGGUGAUGGAAGAGGCGAUGCCUGCAAGGACGACUUUGACAAUGACAACAUCCCAGAUAUCGUUGAUGUGUGUCCGGAGAACAACGCCAUCAGCGUCACAGACUUCAGGAAAUUCCAGAUGGUCCACUUGGACCCGAAGGGAACGACUCAAAUUGACCCCAACUGGGUGGUGAGGCACCAGGGCAAAGAGCUGGUUCAGACCGCCAACUCUGACCCAGGCAUCGCCGUAGGCUUUGAUGAGUUCAGUGCUGUGGACUUCAGCGGCACGAUGUAUGUGAACACCGAUAGAGACGACGACUACGCAGGCUUUGUUUUCGGCUACCAGUCGAGCGGCCGCUUUUAUGUGGUGAUGUGGAAGCAGAUCACACAAACCUACUGGGAGGACAAACCCUCCAAGGCUUUCGGCAUUUCUGGCGUGUCGCUCAAAGUAGUCAACUCGACCACCGGCACCGGAGAAAACCUCAGGAAUGCUUUGUGGCACACGGGAAACACUCCUGGAGAGGUCCGAACGCUGUGGCAUGACCCCAAGAAUAUUGGCUGGAAAGAUUACACCGCUUACAGGUGGCACCUCAUUCAUAGACCAAAGACCGGUUUCAUAAGGGUUGUUGUGUAUGAAGGUAAACAGAUCAUGGCCGACUCAGGACCAGUUUAUGACAAGACCUUUGCAGGCGGAAGGUUAGGAUUGUUUGUCUUCUCACAAGAGCUGGUCUUCUUCUCCGACCUCAAGUACGAGUGCAGAGAUGAGCUGGAGUUGCCGACUGGGUUGACAAGAUAACUGAAUCAAGAUGGCGAGUGGACCACGUCAAAGUAAACAGCGCGUCGGCAAUGAAUACAUUUCAACAUAAAUGAGACUUUCCAUGCUCUUCCAUGUCUCCGCGCUGGAUAGGAAAUGAUGACUCUGAUUUCCUGUAUUCCGGGUGACUUGUAUGUAUACUUUCCCCUCACUGGAGGCGGGAGUCAGAAGAACUGACAUAAGUGGCAAAAAGUAUGCGGAAUAUGUCAUUAUAACUAAUGUACUUACGACUACAUGUUUAAAGGACUCAUUGUACAACCACUUAAAGUCUGUAUGUGCUUUUCGACAAUCUGUCACCCAAGUGUGGCUUUUUUUUGGUGUCUUAUUCACGGCUUCUGUACAAUAUGCGACAGUAUCAAUAACUAAAAGAUGAUUUUACUGUUCUUUAGCAUUUCUGCUCAUUCUUUUCAUCCUGAAUGUUUUUAAUGGAGGACUUGAAUGAUUUUUUUUUAUAUAGUAAAGGCCAAAGAUGUUUAUACUUAAAGUCUGUAUUAUAAUUCCUUUUGUAAAUUAUUUAUGCUUGUUUUUUGUUUGCAUUUUUUUGCUAGAGUUUGUAAAUAAUUAUUUAUUUGUUUACACUGACAAAAGCGCAUAACUGAGAAUCACAAAUGUCCACAAGAGAUAAUGACAAGUUAAAGGAUGUGAUAAUAGUUUCCAGACAAAGGUUCACAUCCGCCCUCCUGCUUAUAGAGGAGAUCUGAAAUGUUCCUUCAUUAAAUUUGCUUGCGCCAUUCCCUUCAACGCAAUUGAAACACUUUGAGGCAGUUGACUUUGGCAGCAACAUUCUUUUAAAAGGAAGUGUAAUAGAAUAAAUGUUGUUUUCACGUUCAUUCUCUGGAACAUAAUUAUAGAGAUAUUAUCACAUUAACAGCUAAAGGUCUGGGGGUUUUAUGCGCAGUAAUUAUAUGCAAUGGCCUCAUUAACAGUGUGAAUAUUCACAUGGUAACCAUUCCUAUAAAUAUGGGUUUAUUUGUCUGGGUAGAAAUUAGGUUACCUGAGUUGAAAUUUCUCAUGCACAAAAUGUCAAUGUAAAUUUUUUUGUUGUGUUUCAUAAAUAAAUCACUUGUACACCA